CUAGAGCGUACGCGUCGUACUCGAUCACGUCUCCGCCUCGUUCUCCUCCUCCUCCCUCUCCCAGAACCCCCUGUCGUCCUCCUCGCACGCGCAGCCAUGCCUGAAGACGUCGUGUUCCCCAUCCCCAAUCUCGCCCUCCCUCAGAAUCUCUUCAUACUCUCACAGUCACAUCUCGCACAUCUACACGAGAAUGCACGCAAGGAGUUCCUCGCAGGCAUUCAGGCAGACCAGAUGGCCCCGUAUUACCGCUCCGUGACCGCCGCUUCCUCCCUACCUCUCGACCAAGCCCUACUCGACUCCAUGGAGGCUGCAAACAAGGCCGAUCUCGAGAAGCUCGACAAGCGACUAGAGGAGGCAGAGAAGACAGAAGGAGAGAGCGACAUCGCGGACGCGCUUCAGGCCCAGGCGAACUUCUUCACCAGAAUCGGAGAGAAGGAGAAAGCUGUUGAAGCGCAGAAGAAGGCACUGGAGAAGACAGCCGGAAUGGGCUCGCGGAUAGACAUCGUCCUCACGCUCGUCCGCAUCGGGUUCUUCUUUGGCGACUUCGACAUGAUCCUCUCCGAGCUCGCACAAGCAGAAGAGUUGAUUGAGCAGGGUGGUGACUGGGACCGGCGCAAUCGGUUCAAGGUCUACCGUGGUCUCCACCUUCUAAGCAUCAGGCAGUUCAAGCGGGGCGGCGAGCUCCUGCUUGACGCACUAUCAACGUUCACAGCGACAGAGCUACUGAGCUAUAAUGACUUCGUGACGUUCACAAUCAUCUCGAAUGUGCUCACGUUGACACGGGUAGAUCUCAAGAAAAAGCUCAUCGAGGCGUCCGACAUCUCGCAAGUCCUCCCCGAGGUACCGGUGCUCGCAGACCUGAUGAAAAACCUGUACGAUUCCCACUACGACAAGUUCUUCGUCGCGCUCGCGACGCUCGAGCAGACGCUGCUCAUCCCCUCGCGCCUCCUCCACCCCCACACGCGCUUCUACGUGCGCGAGAUGCGCAUCCUCGCGUACAGCCAGCUCCUCGAGUCCUACCGCAGCCUCACGCUCGACAGCCUCGCGCGGAGCUUUGGUGUCAGUGUUGAUUUCGUCGACAACGAACUCUCUCGCUUCAUUGCAUCGGGCCGGUUACACUGCACGAUUGACAAAGUGCACGGCGUCGUGGAGACCAACCGGCCGCCGCUCAAGGCCGCGCAGUACGAGACGGUGAUCCGGCAGGGCGACAUCCUCCUGAACGCGGUGCAGAGAUUGAGCAAGGUGUUGUAUUGAGUAGGCUGCGGCGCAGAG